GGGUAUAUAAGUAGAACAUUGCUUAGUCGAAACGAUAAUUCAGGAAAGAUAUAGUCAAUCAGUCGGUUGUUGAUUUUCUAGAUUUUUUAGUACGUGAGCAGUGAAACUUAUUACAAUGUCAUGUAUACCGCUCAUCAUGACUUUACUAUUUAUGGGUUUAACGUUGGUCCAUUCCGAUUCACCCGAAGUAAACGUUGCAGAUGGUCUCAAUGAUGAAGUUCGGCCCUUGUUUGGCCCAACUCCGGCACUAAAACCUUUAGAUCCAGUUCCUGGCACGAAUCUGUUUUUCAACUUACCGUACAAAUGGUUCGACGAAACGAAGCCAGGCUGUUUUGUGUACUGGUUUUCGGAACAUUUUAAAGGCAUAUUGGCUAUAUCGAAUCAAAUAGCUGUAAUGUGUAACAGUGAUGACCAAAAGUGGUACAACGAAACGGAUUCAGAUUGGAUUAUUGAACGUCCAAGUGAAGAUCGGUCACGUUUAGCAGGCGAGAUUAUACUGAGGAAUGCUAAGACUAAACAAAUCAUAGAACGUGUGUGGAGCACUGACAAGACAUGGUUAAGUAUAGGUGGAUUUCGAACUCUAUGGAAUGAGAUUGUCCACAAACAGCUUGCCGAUCAGACGUGGAAAUUUAUUACCGAUGACAAAGAUAAGAAUCGUGUUACACUUUGGCAUGAUGGCAGUACUUUGUCUCAAGUAUCAUAUCCCAAUCAUCGGGAAGCUCUGUUUAUGAAAAAAGGUUUCCAAGACGGUUUUCCUUACUCAUUUGCCCCAUCCAUCGUAAUGGAACUGAAAAUAACCAACUUACAAUUUGAUGAAGUACCUGAAGACAUGAUUAAAAAGCAUACAAGCCAACAAGCUCUGAUGGACGCAAUAAAAAUAGAGAACAACAGUCCAGGAACUUCGAGCCGACUAGUUCAAGUGACGCAAAUAGUAAAAAACGAGUUCUCUUACGGUUUCAAGCAGUCAAUUAAAACCGCUUUUAAGGUCAGCGGCUCAGUAGGAAUACCACUUGUGGCUGCAGGUGAAAUUGAAAACAAAUUCGAAGUAGAAUUGGGUGCAAACCAAAACUGGAAAAGUUCAACGAGUAAAUCGGUUCUAAUGGUAUAUGACGUCAAGGUGCCGGCGUACACUAACGUAAACGUAUCAGGGUGGUGUGAUAUAAUAAAAGAUGUACGCAUGGAUUUCAAGGCGACAGUCCAGGUUUACGGAAAAACCCAACGAGUAACCCAGUAUGAUGAUAUUGUUCAUGAUGUGCCAGCUACCGGCGAUAUGAUUCGAAAACAACUUGAAUAUACAGGCUUUGAAGGAGAUAUUCUUGAAACGAAAAGUGACUGUGUUGUUGUGCGUGUUAAAGGGGAGAUGACUGCCACAGUUGGCGUUCGCGGUCGAUUAACUUUGAAAGGAGAGAGUUACCAAAUGUCGGAGACAGCUUAAUGUAACUGUAACUUAAUAUAUUCAAUACACUGAAUAAACAUUGUGAACAAAUUGUUCGAAAGCUCGUUAUUAUACUUGUCCUA